AUGGAGAAGACCGAGAGGAAACGCCGCCCUAAAUUUGCUCUCGCUGAAUUGGAAGUAUUGGCUGACGAAGUAUCGUUACAGAAAGAUAUUUUGUUCGGCAAGUUCUCUUCGACCGUGACCUUUCAGAGAAAGAAAGCGCUAUGGUGUAGCAUUGCUGAAAAGGUGAAUGCUGUCAGCGAGGUUGAGCGGACAGGCGAGGAAUGCCGCAAAAAGUGGCAGUACACCCAGAGUGAUGUCAAGCAAAAGGCAGCUAGGAGGAAAAGGGAUGGAGCUGCAACUGGGGGAGGGACACUCAAUGUGCCAGACCUCUCUCCCAUUGAGGAAAAGAUUGCUUCUCUGCUUCCCUCAGCAUCGACCCAAGCUGAACUCACUAAGGAAGGCUGGCAGCAGCAACAUUCGGCGAAGAAAAGAAAGCAUGAAGAAAUUGUGGAGCCGGAUGAACUCAUUAGCAUCGAACGGCAGAGAUUGUGUGUGGAGGAGGAGAGGUUGACAACAGAACGGGAGCGGCUGCAAGUUGAAGAAGAACGCCUUGAAGUUGAAGUAGAAAAACAGUGA